GCAGCCCGACAUCCUUCGGAGCCGUUGAUUUGGGGAAAGAUGAGGGGAAACACAUCCCUGGAUUCCCUCCAGCGGUCCAGCGGCCGGUGGCUUCAUUGAUAGGUGAAUAGACUUAUUCGUAUGCGUAGGAGGAGCUUAUCAGUAGAGAAAAAAACCCACACCCUCGCUUCCGCUCCCCGAGGACUCGACCGAUCACCGACCGACGUCGUGUUCCAUUCGCCUUUUUUCCACUUCCUCCCUCCCCCCCCCCCCCCCCCCUCUCCUCCUCCUCUCGCUCCUCCUGCUCCUCCUCUGUCUUCACUUAAUUCAAUCCUCUCCCACCCCUCCACCCCUCCCUCAAUCUUCCUCUUCCUCUAUACAUACACAAUUUUGUCCCGCCUCUUGCCGUACCUACAAUCAAUUUCCCGCCCCUGCUCAUUUCCUCAUUUCUCCAACCGGUUUUAUCGCCCACAUCGGUCGCUUCGGACAGUCCCGGAAAGCUCGCUCGGUUGCUCAACACGCCUGUCUUUUUCUGCCCCUAGACUCCUUCUCCAGCCGAUAUAACUUGAUCAAAGUCCUCGUGCUCACCCGGCUUCCCCUACUGGUGUCCUUCCUGAUUCCUUCGCCGCCUAUCGCUCUAAGGCUCAGCAGCACGGUCCCCUGGGUCGUGCCUCUUUCUCCCAGGGCAUCGGUCGCGCCUCGGGCGCUUCUCUGGGACCCAUCCAGCCCAAGCAGGGUGA